AAACUAAAAGCAGUGGGCCCCCAUCAUCUCUUAGGCUGACGUGGCAAUAGCUCGGUGCAAAAUGGAUGAAAACUGGAGGAAAACGACGGGAUGAGAAUCGAACUGGAAGAGAAGGCAAGAAAAGGAAAUCAGAGCUCUCAGCUGAUCUAUACGAAUUGUUGUUUGAGAUUUGUUGAAUCUUGAGAGUUAGAAUAGAUUUGAAGUUACAUGAAGCUGAUGUUAAUAACGCAUCGUAAUAAGAUUAUAAAUCGAAGAUGAGAAGUGUAAACGACAGCGUUGUAACCGUUAACGCCGCUGCCUCCGCCAUCGUCUCAGCCGAGUCCAGAGUCCAGCCUACCACAGUUCAGAAGAAACGAUGGGGAAGCUGCUGGAGCUUUUACUGGUGUUUCGGAUCUCAUAAGAACAGUAAGCGAAUUGGCCAUGCUGUCCUUAUCACUGAACCAGUGGCACCUGGAGCUGCAGUUUCAACUGCCGAAAAUGUAAGCAAUCCGACUGGCAUUGUAAUGCCCUUUAUCGCCCCUCCCUCAUCUCCUGUAUCAUUCCUGCAAUCGGAUCCUCCAUCUGCCACCCAAUCACCGGCUGGAUUGCAAUCCCUAAUUUCCCUUUCCGUUAACGCCUACUCUCCCCGUGGACCUGCAUCCAUUUUUGCCACAGGCCCUUAUGCACAUGAAACCCAGUUAGUCACACCACCUGUAUUCUCUACUUUGACAACUGAACCAUCCACAGCUCCUUUUACACCCCCUCCAGAACCUGUUCAACUGACUACACCUUCAUCCCCUGAAGUACCGUUUGCUCAAUUGCUGACUUCUUCCUUGGAGCGUGCUCGGAGAAACAGCGGGAUCAAUCAGAAAUUCGGAUUGUCCCAUUAUGAAUUUCAGGCUUGUCAAAUAUACCCCGGGAGCCCUGGUGGUAAUCUCAUAUCACCCGGGUCAGUAAUCUCUAAUUCUGGAACAUCCUCUCCUUUUCCUGAUAGACGUCCAAUCAUUGAGUUCCGCAUGGGGGAGGCUCCCAAAAUCUUAGGAUUUGAACAUUUUACUACUCGAAAAUGGGGUUCUAGGCUAGGAUCUGGAUCAUUGACACCAGAUGGACUAGGGCAAGGUUCACGACUGGCUUCUGGAUGCGUGGCUCUAGAUGGUCUGGGUUUGGGUUCAAGAUUGGGUUCGGGAACAUUGGCACCUGAUGGUUUGGGUCCUGCCUCAAGAGAUGGUCUACUUGUGGAGAGUCAAAUUUCUAAGGUAGCAUUGCUUUCUAAUCCGGCAAAUGGACCUAAAAACGAUGAGAUUAUAGUUGAUCACAGGGUCUCUUUUGAAUUGAAUGGGGAAGAUGUCGCACGGUGCCUCAAAAACAAGUCAUUGGUUUCAAGCAGAAUCUUGCCAGAUUAUGAAUAUCCGAAGGACUUGGCGGAGCAGGGCAGGGUAGAGAAAGAUGGACUAACAAAUGAUCAAGAAAGUUCUUUUGAGCUAUUUAUUGGAGACACAUCCAAAGAAACAGAUGAAAAGGUUUCAGGAGAAGCUGAAGAGGACCAUUGUUAUCAAAAGCAUCGUUCUGUUACUCUCGGGUCAAUUAAAGAGUUCGACUUUGACAACAGAAAAGGUGAAGCUUCUGAUAAGCCCACUGUCAGGUCCAAGUGGUGGGCGAAUGAAAAGGUUGCCGGAAAGGAAGCUAGACCCGGUAACAACUGGAGUUUCUUCCCUAUGUUGCAGCCAGAGGGCAUGGAUCAUUAAAGCGAUGAAGUCCAUAGUAGGCCAUAGAAUGAUGGCCAUUAAUGGUUGAUGCCAGCAAUAUAUAUGCUGGCUAAGCAUAAGCAGAACAAUGUUUGGUUAGGUAGCAGCCAAAGCUUUAAUAUAUCUGUCCACAAAAAUCAAAGACAGAAAAGAUGUAACAAGCUGUGCCCAACAUAAAUGGACUCUGCUUCUUCACCAUCCACAUUAUUAUAAAGAUCAAUGGGGGG